AUGAGUGAAUACAACAAAAACAGAUAUAAUAAUAACAAUCCUAAUAAUUAUCAUUAUCAACAUAAUUAUACCAAUGAAAACAGAAAUUUAGAUACGGAUCCUUCUAGAACCCCACGAUCCCGUUACAAAUCCUCCUCCUCCUCUUCUUCUCCUUCCUCUUCCUCUUUCUCCUCAUAUCUACAACAAGAGCAUACACAACGUCCAAGAUAUAGUUAUCGUCAUAGUUAUUAUAGCUCUUCCUCUCGUAAUAUAGGAAAAUAUCAUUAUAGUAACAGAAGUCACCCGUAUUCUAAGUAUCACACUGCUCAUAAUGGUAGCAAUGAUCAUAUAAAACACAGACAUAAUAGUCAGACAUCAUAUCUGCAUCAACAACAAUCUCCUAAUUCAACACAUAAAAUUUCACCGUCCUCUUCAACUUUAUCACAUUUUGACUAUCAUUAUAAUAACACUACUCCUACCAGCAAUACAAGAUUUGAACAUGGCAGUUAUCCCCAAAGGACUCCAUCACCUAGAAUCGCCGCAGUAUCGUCAAAGUCUACCAUAACUGCUGUAACUGGCGAUAUUUCUACUACCACUACCACUACUACUACUCACUUAGUUGAUCCUAUUAAUAAAACGUCUUCUUUUAUUAUCAACAAUGAAAGACAACCAGAUAAUAGCAACAAUAAUAACAAUGAUCAAGGUAAUAAAGAUAAUAAUAUUAUUAACAAAAACAUAGAGAAUAACAUUAGUAAGAAUACAAUUAAUUAUAAUAAUACACUAAAUUCAAUAUUUCAUAUUAUUGGGCUGGAUACAACUACCUCCAUAGAUAAAUUAAUAUCAGUAGAUGAAGAGGAUGAAGAAAUAAAUAUUAAAUUAGAAAAUAAUUUCAUCUCUUCUAUUGAAUCAAAUCUAGAAUAUCAAUUAUUAAUGAAUCAGUCGGAGAAAGACACUUUGAACGUUCAGUUAACACAAGAAAAAUUAGAUAAUCUAUUAUUAAUGCAGUAA